UAACGUGAACCAAAUCAACAUUCUACGUCUUCAAGAAGAAUCUCCUUACAAGUUUUAAGUUGCCACUAAGCAAAGUUCGCUUGUUUAAUUCGUGUGCAUUUGUUAAAAAGUUUAAUAAAUAAUUUUUUUUAAUCUAAAAAUUAAUAUCAACAAUACAAAAUGAGUUCUUCACAAUACUAUCCAAUACAAUGUACUCCAACUGUCUACCCAGCUGAUCCCUUCGACCCUGAAGCUGACGCAGCCACUUUACGUGCUGCUAUGAAAGGCUUUGGUACUGAUGAACAAUCUAUUAUUGAUGUCUUAGGACGUCGUGGUAUUGUUCAACGUUUAGAAAUUGCCGAGACAUUCAAAACUGCCUAUGGAAAGAAUUUGAUCAGUGAUUUGAAAAGUGAAUUGGGUGGAAAAUUUGAAGAUGUUAUUAUUGCAUUAAUGACACCACUACCAGAAUUGUAUGCCAUUGAAUUACACGAUGCUAUCUCUGGCAUUGGUACUGAUGAAGAAGCAAUUGUUGAAGUAUUAUGUACUUUAUCAAAUUUUGGAAUUCGUACAAUUGCUGCCUGUUAUGAAGAAAAAUAUGGCAAUUCAUUAGAAGAUGACCUUAAAGGCGACACAUCUGGCCAUUUCAAACGUUUAUGUGUUUCAUUAUGCUGUGCAAACCGUGACGAAAGCCCAGAUGUAGACCCAGAACGUGCUAUUGCUGAUGCCGAAGCACUUAUUGCUGCUGGUGAAGGACAAUGGGGUACAGAUGAAUCUGUGUUCAAUCAAGUUCUCAUUACACGAAGCUACCCACAAUUGCGACAAACCUUUGCUGAAUAUGAAAAACUUAGUGGUACUGAUAUUGAAGAUGCAAUUAAACGAGAAUUUUCUGGUUCUGUUGAAGAUGGCUUACUUUCAAUUGUUAAAUGCGUAAAGAGCAAAGUUACUUAUUUCGCUGAACGAUUACACGAUGCCAUGGCUGGUAUGGGAACAAACGACAAAACUUUAAUUCGUAUUAUUGUCACACGAUCUGAAAUUGAUUUGGGAGAUAUUAAACAAGCUUUCCAAGAAAAAUACGGCAAAACUCUUGAAAGUUGGAUUAAAGAUGACUACUCGGGUGAUCUACGCAAUCUUUUAAUAACUAUUGUUAGCUUUUAAGACAAAAUAAAGCAUAAUAUAUUUUUCAAAGCAACUUUGCUGAACCAUUUCUAGUUUUCUUAAAUGUCAAUUAUUGUAUACGAAAAAAAAAGUUCAGGUCACUAAAAAAUAUUUUGCAUGAAUUUAAUCAUAUUUAAUAUUUUAUGUCUAAGCGAUACAAAAUUUGGAUUAGAUCCAUUUAGUGUUUGAUAGUUAAAGUGGAAGCUUGCUUUAUGUGUCUUAUUAGAAAAAUCACUUAUUUUUCUAAAAAAAUAUACACCGAAUUUAUUGCACAUUUUAAAAC